AUGGCGUCGCCGUCAUCGGCUUUCGAAACAUUGUCCGAUGAAAUUCUUAUGAUUAUUAUGCGAUAUUCUGGCAAUGUUACUUCCGUCUUUCGUACAUUUUCUGGUCUGAAUCAACGUUUCAAUCAAAUUCUUGUUGAUCGACAUUUACAUCUUCUCACAGAUUUCUUACAUAUCAAUAUUCGACAAAGUAACUUCAAUUAUUAUUACACUACUCCAUUAUUUCAUGCGUUAUCACAACAAUUAUGCUCAUUACAAGACAAUGAUGACCGUGAACGUCAAAUCGACCAAUGUUUUGAAAAACUAACCAGCUUUCAUAUUCAAGAAAUAACUCGUCAAAUUAAAGAUCAAUUUCGAUUUAGUCGAGAACAAUUCCAUUCGAUACGUGUUAAUCUGAGUGAUGAAGAAAUUCGCUUUCGAGAUGCAGCAUUGAAAAGAGCCUUCAAUGAUUUACAAUUUCAUUCGCUCAAUCACGAACGUCUUCAACAAAUCGAAAAUCUCGUGAUUGGCACUGGUGCUCGUCUCGAAUGUACUGAUAAUGAAUUAGGUGAAUAUAAUCUAGCCAAAGCACUCAAUAAACUUUUAUUAGCUCAUCUCUAUACUAUUGGAUAUCCGAGCCAAUUGUGUCUUUAUUCCCUUCACAGAUUAUUCAAAGCACUGAUUGUUUCAAAUCCAAAUCUAGUCAACAAUAAAGACUAUGUCGGUAACGGUGGUUCUCCUGUGUAUUUCUUUCUCAGUCAUGCAAUUUUUACACUACAAGACUUCUAUCGUUCUUCAAGAUCACUGCCGAUUAAUAUACAAAAAUAUCAAAUUGUACUGGAAUUAUUACUCUUUAUCAUUCAGUAUCUAAAACAAAUUUCUAAUAAUAAGUUAUGGGCAAAAGAUUGCGUUUCGAAUUGUUUACGUGUAGUGACUUCGAUAAAUCAUGAGGUUGAUGAAAAAAUGUAUAUUCAGUACAGUCAAAUGGAAGUAUUGAAAAUGUUAUUUGAUGAAAUGAUGCGACAAGAUAGGCCAUCGGAUGAUUAUUGGAAUUGUAUGUUGCAAGAAGGACUGUCGAAUUUAAUUGUCACUGGUCGAUCUGAUAUUCUUCAUUAUGUUUAUUACCAAAGUAGUUUCAUGCUAAAUUUCGUUGCUGAUACACGCCAUUGUCACAAAUUCAUUGACACAAUGACUGGAAUUCGAGAUAGACGACGAAUAUUUCAACAUUUUCUGGACGAGAACUUGUUUGAACCAUGGUUAAGAAGUGCUGCAUUAUUAUUUAUUCUAUUGAAAAAAAAAGAAUGUAAAUGGAUUAAAAAAUUAUUCCGAGCUGACCCAACACUAGUUCAUCGAGUGGAUGAAGAUGGUAAUGAUCCAUUACUUUAUGUUUGUCUUAAAGUGAACGGUUGUCGACAUCGUCUGAUCGAAUACUUAAUUGGUAUAGGCAGUGAUUUACAUAAACGAAAUAUUCAUGAUGACCAUUUCAUCCAAGCCAUUGAACUGAAACGAAACAGAAAAUUACUGAAACAAUUAGUUGAACAUGAAAUAGUAGCAAGAGAAAAUGAAAAUGGGACAACUACAAGUGUUAUUGACUAA